CAAACUGACCGUGUGCACUUGGUUUGGAAGGAACUAAGAUAAAGUUCAUGUUCAUGUCCAUCUUGAUUCAUUUCCUAUUUUAUUAAAGUGGUGGUGUUCCUUCCGUUAGUGCCAAAUCCCACGUCAAGUUCUCAAGUCUGUAUUUUCUGACUGGAGUAGAAAAAGAAAAUGUGCUGCCAAGAAUAAGAUAUGAAUUCUGGACAAGAAUUCUUUUGCCCUAUCUCACAAUUACUGAUACACAUGAUAAAUAAAGCGUUAUUGCUCAUUAUUUUGCUCGUCAGUCAUGUUAAUUAUACGGACUGGAUACCUUAAUUAUUGGCUAUAUCAAAGUAUAUAUAUGAAUAUAUAUUAUACAACUAACUGGAAGAUCGGUAUGCGUGUAUGUACCUUGCGAAACCUUUGUAAAUAUUUCUAUACCCAGUAAUAUGUAAGAAUUUCAUGGAAUAUUGUGCCAUAAAUCGGUACACCUACUUACCAAUCUUGCUUAUUAAAUGCAUGACCAGACAGAAUUCUGUGCAUAUUUUCCUGAAUUAAGUUAGAAGAAUAAUUGACUGGAUUCAUUCAUUCAUUCCACUUUUCAGAGAGACGGCGAAGGUUACGCCAAAUCACAAUGAUUCAAUUCUAGUCUAGUCCUCCUCCUCCUUUACCAAUAGAUAAGCUAGCAUAACCUCGUGCAUUUACUAAUUCAGGUUAAAGUAUUUACAAUUAAGUAUUCGUUGCACAUUUUGAAAUGGAGCAGAAUACUCAUGCAUUUACGUUCCUAUUAUUCCUCGCUGCUAUAAAUGGUUGUGCUGGAUUGACACUGUUUCCCGAGCCUGCUGGACCGUUUUACGGAUUUCCUUACAGUACAAAUGUCGCUCGAAGAUUUCCCAUUCCUUCCAGCGCUUAUGGGAAAUGUCAGGCCGGCAAAUCAUACACGAUAAACUCAUUUGAAGACCUCAGAAAACAUGAAGCUGAACUUCAAUGCAUUUUCUCUGCCGGACUUACACCUUCCAAAGUCCCCGAAGGACCACAGCCAGGCCGCGUCCUUUUGGCCUUAAAUGCUCGCCACUUCCUCAUAAAUCCCAUCGUUCGAUUGAUAUGGCGAGGAAACUUUGCCUUCAAAGCGGAAUGCAAUUCCACUUCGGGAUCAGAAGCAUCCCAAAUCUACGUCGGUUUCCACAAUUCCUUCAACAACGUCGCCGUUCUUCCCACGAUCGUGUACAUCGCACCACUUCAGGCCAACUUUGCUCCUGGAGAAUGUGAGGAUGGGAAGCCCUCAGCAAUUAUGGACUUUACCCAAAAUCUUAGAACUAUUUGCCCUGAUUAUGCCGAAUUCGUGAGGCGGAACAAAGACAAGUUGCCUACAAGUGUGACAAGUCUGGCCAAUUUCUACCCAAACACGCAAAUUCUUGACGUUUUCCGCCUAGUGGGACGACAAUCUGAUGGUGGGAGGAUAUUUCUGGGCAAGACGUAUUUCAGAGAUGCAUUUCGAAGCGACAAACAAAUUGCGACGAUUGCAUUUUGGUACACUUUGAGCUAUGAUGAUCAAGUGAAUCCUGAUUUCGGAGUGGGAGAAAAUUUGCCACCUUUGGAGUACAGUUACGACUACAUGUUCCCCGGUGUGGUGGACAUUGUGUUUAGAUAUCUUCCAUUCGAUAACUUCUUAUCAAGACCAUUCGCAACUUUGGGGAAUUUGGGACGCGGUGCCAGAGUACUGCUGACAAAUACUUAUCACAGGAUCAGAGAUUAUAUCCGUCGGCUCGGGUCAAGAAGAGCGGAUCGGAGAAAAUUAAGACAAUACUUUCAAGACGUACGCCAAGCUAGGAGAAGUUAUGUUACAACUAAUACGAAAAGAGCAACCAGGAAUUCUUCCUCCAUAACUUUGGAAGCUAGUACUGCGAGUAAUAUCAAGUAGAUAAACAAUUUCAAGCUCGACUGAAACUGUGGAUUCGAGCGAUAUUUCUUUUUAAAAGGAUAUUUUUUUCAUGAUUGAAGAUGAAGCAGAGGAAAUAUGAAAUAAAAAAUACCUUAUGAUUUCUCCCAGA